GGCGGGCGCUGAGGGGAGCGGGGGCCGCGAUGGCGGCGCCGCCGGUCCCGCUCUGUCAGCGCGCGGGCAGGCGGUGUGGCGGCCGUGAGGCGCGGUGCCCCGCCGCUGAGGGCACGCGCACACCGAGCCGGCCCCGCUGCCCUCACUGUUGUGUAACGCGGUGGCUGCCGCCCUGCCGGUUAUAUAAAGGAGGUGGGGAGCCGGCGGGUUCGGGGGGCUGUGGAGAAGGGGUGAUUGCUGCUCUGCCGUUUCUCCCACGGGGCGGCCGGCGGGCAGAGCCCCUCGAGCGGCCGGCACCAAGGGCAGGGCACCCUCCCACAGCCUACAGCCCGCUGCACCACAGCACAACCGCCUCCUGCUCGUGUCCCCGUGAGGUGCGGCCCAGCCCUCUAGCUGGCUUGGUUUGAAUCUCCUAGUAAAGUUUUUGAGCUUUAAGGUCGGUGCCUUUUGUACCCGCUGUGCUUUCAGCAGGCUGGGACCGAGCUGUGUGGCCGUGCUGGGAGCCGUGUGCUGACACCCAAGUUCAUGGACAACUGCAGCUCAUGGCGGUUCUGUGCACCUGUGCUGGCGUUGUGCAUCGCCUCCACAGCUUGCUUUCCUCAGCAGCAUUUGUUCACUGUACCUUAUUUAUAAGCAGCAUUCAUUUAUUUCCUCCCCAUAUUUUCUGUUGUAGCCUAAUAGCUGUUUUUUUCCCCCAAGGGUAUUCUAGUAACUGCUAUCUGCACCAUCUCCGUUUGAAGAUAUCCCUAAAUGCAGAUAGCCCCAUGAGUGUCCUCAAAGUUAACAGGACAAUAAGCAAAUAAGCAAUAACAGUUGCUUAUUUCUGCUCAAUUCUCCUCCUGGUGCCUUCCUUGGCUGCCCCACAUUGUUUCCUUGUGGUUAAGCAAACCAUUUGGGCUCCUCUCUCCCCUCUUUUCUAAUUGAUGGACCUACAUUGGAAGUUCUUUAUAUUAAUUUUUGAGUACGUGGCCUUACUGUAUGGUUUUCAUGUGGCACUGUUUAAUUUUGGGCCUCUUGUGGUUUCUGCUGACUCUAUUGCUACCAACUCUAAUCAGUGCAUUCCCACAUGUGCCAGAGUAAUUAGUGAAAGUAUUAAAUGUGAGUUUUGUGCGUAAUGCUUCCUUCAGAGGUUAAUAAAUUGUAGGAUAACUGUGACACUUCUUUUACAUAGCAUAAGUCCCUAAACCACCUGCUUGUUUUUCGCUGCCCUCCCCUCCCUUUGUUAGUGCUCAAAACGAUUCUGAUGAAUACCAUAGGAUUUCUGUUACUUAUUGGUCAUUUUAAGGUUUGUUUUAGGGCUGAAGCCUAAGGCUGUGCCACCUUUUAUUUCCCUGCUGACUUCUUGAGAGAAAUAAUUGCUACUUGUUGUUUGUUGUUUGAAAAGUCCCUUAUGCUGUAUCCCUUCUUUGGGCUUUCAGGGAAGAAAGGCUGAUGGGAUGAGCUUGGCAGAGCAGAGACCUCACACACCUGAGUCUCGUUGUAGUGAGUCAGUAAUUAAUGCAGCAAUUGGAGGGUACAUCCUAGAAAUAGUUCUCUUAGAGCUGAAGUUUGUGUCUGUCUUCCAAGGCUUUAUACAGGUUUAUUGAGGAAAAACUGAUCCGAAAACUACUUGGGGGGUGGGGAGAAAAUGAUUUGAUUUUUAUGAGUCUGAGACACAAAGCUGGAAAGAACUGGAUCUUUCAGGCUGGCGUUGGUAGGAUCACAGUCCCUAUAGUGAAAAAGGCUCACACAGCAGUGGGGUUUAGUUUUCCUGCAAAGUUGGGUUGCAAUUACUGGUGGAAAACAUCGGAUAAACCUGUCUCUUUUUUUUCCCUUGUUAUUGUUGUAUAAACAGGUGGCUGCAUGGUGAUACCUUUCCAAAGGACCAGGUUUUGUUUGGAUUCUCACACCCAGCGUGUUAAUCUAGCCGUGACGUUGGGUUUAAGGUUCUCUUGUUUGCUCUAGGAGGAAGCUUCUCCUUACUCCUUACUUGACAUCUGCUUGAAUUUCCUCACUGCUAACCUAGAGAAGUUCUGUACAGAAAGGCAAGAUGGAACGCUGUGCUUGCAGGAGCCAGGGAUGUUUCCUCAGGAAGUGGCUGAUCGAUUGCUGCAGACAAUGGCAUUUCAUGGGCUUCUGAAUGAUGGAACUGUGGGCAUCUUCCGAGGAAAUCAGAUGCGUUUGAAACGAGCUUGCAUCCGGAAAGCAAAGAUCUCGGCUGUGGCCUUCCGGAAAGCAUUCUGCCAUCACAAGCUAGUAGAACUUGAUGCUACUGGGGUGAAUGCAGAUAUAACAAUCACAGACAUUAUAAGUGGGCUUGGCAGCAAUAAAUGGAUCCAACAAAACCUUCAAUGCCUUGUGCUGAACUCACUGACUCUUUCUUUGGAAGACCCCUACGAGAGGUGCUUCAGUCAACUGUCUGGGCUUCGUGCAUUAAGUAUUACCAACGUUCUGUUCUACAACGAGGACCUGGCAGAUGUUGCUUCUCUCCCUAGGUUAGAAAGCCUGGAUAUAUCGAACACCUCUGUUACUGACAUAACAGCACUUCUCACCUGCAAAGACCGCCUGAAGUCUUUGACCAUGCACCACCUGAAAUGCUUGAAAAUGACCACAACGCAGAUUCUGGAUGUUAUAAGAGAACUAAAAUAUCUGAAUCACCUUGAUAUUUCAGAUGACAAACAGUUCACAUCGGACAUAGCACUUCGUUUACUGGAACAGAAGGAUAUUUUGCCUAACCUCGUAUCUCUGGACAUUUCUGGAAGGAAGCAUGUCACAGAUAAGGCUGUAGAAGCAUUUAUCCAGCAACGGCCAACCAUGCAGUUUGUAGGAUUGCUAGCUACUGAUGCCGGCUACUCAGAAUUCCUAACAGGAGAAGGAAACCUAAAGGUAUCAGGAGAAGCAAAUGAAACUCAGAUUUCUGAAGCACUGAAGCGUUACAGUGAACGGGCCUUCUUUGUGAGGGAAGCACUCUUUCACUUAUUCAGCUUGACACAUGUAAUGGAAAAAACAAAGCCUGAAAUUUUAAAGCUUGUGGUUAUUGGAAUGAGAAAUCAUCCCCUGAAUUUGCCAGUGCAGUUGGCAGCGAGUGCAUGUGUCUUCAACCUAACCAAGCAAGAUUUAGCAGCGGGCAUGCCUGUGAGACUUCUGGCUGAUGUCACUCACUUACUCCUGAAAGCCAUGGAACAUUUCCCAAAUCAUCAACAGCUGCAAAAGAAUUGUCUUCUUUCUCUGUGCAGUGACAGAAUACUUCAGGAUGUUCCAUUUAACAGGUUUGAAGCAGCCAAACUUGUUAUGCAGUGGCUGUGUAAUCAUGAAGAUCAGAACAUGCAAAGAAUGGCUGUAGCCAUAAUUUCCAUUCUUGCUGCAAAGCUUUCGACGGAGCAAACAGCUCAGCUUGGUGCAGAGCUCUUCAUUGUUAGGCAACUACUACAAAUAGUUAAACAGAAAACAAAUCAGAAUCUUGUAGAUACAACCCUUAAGUUCACACUGAGUGCACUUUGGAACCUCACUGACGAAUCACCAACAACGUGUCGGCACUUCAUUGAAAAUCAAGGUCUUGAACUGUUCAUGAGAGUUUUAGAGUCUUUUCCAUCAGAAUCAUCCAUUCAACAGAAGGUUCUUGGACUUCUGAAUAAUAUAGCUGAAGUUAAAGAACUCCAUUCUGAAUUAAUGUGGAAGGACUUUAUAGACCACAUCAGUAAAUUAUUGCACAGUGUGGAGGUGGAAGUCAGCUAUUUUGCAGCAGGGAUUAUUGCACAUUUAAUAUCUCGAGGAGAGCAGGCCUGGACGUUAAGUCGCAGCCAGAGGACGUCUCUCCUUGAGCAGCUGCAUUCUGCCAUUUUGAAUUGGCCGACUCCAGAAUGUGAGAUGGUGGCUUACAGGUCUUUCAAUCCAUUUUUUCCACUACUUGGCUGUUUCAUGACGCCGGGUGUCCAAUUAUGGGCAGUGUGGGCCAUGCAGCAUGUCUGCAGCAAAAAUCCUGCCAGGUACUGCAGUAUGUUAAUUGAAGAGGGUGGCUUACAGCACUUGUACAACAUUAAGGAAAACGUCCAGACUGAUCCACAUGUUCAGAGGAUUGCUAUUGCCAUCCUGGAUAGUUUGGAAAAGCACAUUAUGCGUCACGGGAGGCCACCUCCGUGUAGAAAACAGCAACAAAAUAAACCAAACUGAGAGCUGCAGGUAUAAGAGUGUAAAGUAUUGUCUCUGUAAUAAUCCCUUCUGAUGUGUGUGUAGUUGGAGUAAUAUGUAAUAUAGUGGUCACCAUUAAAGUGAUUUGCCUAUAAUUGUGGUACCCAGAACCAUGUAUGGUAACCUUUGGUGAACGUCAACUUUAAUGGCAACCGCAUAUGCAACUUGUAAAGGGUCGCUGCUUGAGCUGAUCAUACCUGUAGGAUUACUGCUGUCUACAAAGAGAUUGGACUUGUACAGAUUAAUAUGCACAUCUGAGAAGGAAAAAACCCAACAAUUCUAGGAACAUCUUGGGUUUUGACUUCCGGGACAGAAAGUUAUUUCAUCCCUAUGAUUGCUGUUUAUAAAACUGUUUACCAGACUGGUGUUUGAGUAGAACUGUGCGUGGUUGUGGUAUUCAACACUUUGACAGAUUAAAACAAGUUCCUGCAUGCAAGUUACAAAUGAGACUUGUAACUAAGGCGACCAAAAUGUCCAUCUUCUCAUAACCCUUCUGAACAUGAGGACUUCAGCCUCCUUUUUCUUUUGCCUGCCAGCUGUGUUCUUUUGUUUUCCUUGCUGCUAAGAUUAUGCCUUUUUGAAGCUCAGCUAUCCUGAGUCCUCUGUACUCUCAGAAGGUUGGGAUCAGCACUGCGUCAGGGAAAGUGGAAACUUGCUAAAAUAAAGCAAUAGAAACAAGCUCGAUAGGAAACACAAUACUAGAAGAAUGAGCUCAGCUUGAGAUUUUACACUUGAUAACUUGAAGGGGAUUUUGCUGUUUGACUACUUUUGGUUGUGUGUGGGAUCUUUCUUCUCUGUUUGGAAAAACUUAUAGUGAAAGAGAAGGCUUGUUAGAUCAUAAUACUGACCUGUUCUCAUCCUGAAAGGAAUUGCAUGUCUUAACAGGAGGCCUGGGAUAUUUGGUCACCUUAUUUAUAAGAGACUAAUGAUUGUUUUCUGUAAAUACUCUGUUAGUAUUGUGCAGUGAAUUAUAUUUCCAAGUUACCACAGUGCAAAAUAUCACCCAGUGUUCUGUGUAAAACCCGUGUCGAUUGCGUUGUUUUGUGAGGUGUGAAAUUUUACAUAAAGAUGCUAAUUGUAACAACUUAUUUCUUCCUUGGUUACCUGUGGGUUUCAAAUGAUGUGUUGAAUGAAACGUAUUGCACAGCAUAUGGAUGCCUGAUAAAAUACAAGUGAUGAAAGCAAACUGCAUGUUGGUUCAAACUCACUUUUAUUUCAAGAAUUGUUUCUGUUUGUCUGGUUAGUCUCCAUGUUUCCAUGGAAACUGACCGAUUCUUAAACUGUUUUGUAAAUAUAUUGGUACUUCAAUUUAAAAAGAAAACUUAUGUUUGAUAGUUUACAAGCAGGGAUGACUACUUCAGGAUGACCAUAUUUUACUAUUUUUAACGCCUUCCCUUCUUCUCCCUCCUAAUUCUCAUCCUUCAAAUAAAAAUAUCACCUCUAA